AUAUAAAUUGAUCCCUUCUGCUUCAAAAGAUUCAUAACAGAAGACCAGAUUUCAAGAACCCAAAAAAAAUGGCAGGUUUGUUCGACAAGCAGGCUGCGGUUUAUGCACAUGCCAGGCCAACCUUUCCAAGUCAAUGGUUUUCCAUGCUGGCUGCUCUCACCCCUCACCACUCUUUAGCUUGGGAUGCCGGCACGGGCAACGGCCAGGCAGCUAUCAGCGUGGCAGACCACUACGAGCAAGUGAUAGCAACUGAUAUAAGUGAAGAGCAAUUAAAGCAUGGUAUAAAGCACCCUCGAGUUCGAUACUUGCACACUCCAUCAUCAAUGUCAGAUGAUGAACUGGUGUCGUUAAUUGGUGGUGAAAAUUCAGUUGAUCUAGUGACAGUCUCUGUGGCUGUGCAUUGGUUCGACCUGGAUAGAUUUUACUCUCAGGUGAAGCGUCUGCUACGAAAGCCAGGAGGUGUGAUCGCAGUUUGGACAUACAAUGGCAUCCAAGUUAGCUCAGAAUUUGAUCCUCUCAUGUGGGGUUUCUCCGAGAAAACACUUCCUUUCCGGAAUCCAAACGUUAAAUAUGCUCUUGAUUGUUACAGGACACUUCCAUUCCCUUUUGAAAGUGUAGGUGUGGGCUGCGAGGGGCAGCCGGAGACAUUGGAGAUGACAAAGGAGAUGUCGUUUCAGGGAUUUCUGGGACUUGUGAGAUCAAGCUCAGGUGUAAAUACUGCUAAGGAACAAGGUGUGGAUUUGUUAUCUGAAAAUGUUGUAAAGGAUUUUGAGAAGGCUUGGGGCGGCCCUGAAUUGGUCAGAACUGUCAUCUUCAAGACUUACAUGCUUGCAGGAAAAGUUAAGGUCUAAUUAACUUUUCACUUUCAAGUUUCAAACCCUGUUGGCUGUGCCUGUACCUCCAUAUUAUCUGACUCAUCUGAUGGAACCCCAUAGUCUACUCGUUCCUUUUCCUUGAGAAAUAAUUCAGAUUAAUUAAUAAUGUUUAGUUGAUAAAAUAAUCUAUUUAAUCUGCGUUUUCUAGGAAAUACAUUAUCUUUUCUUUUAUAUAUAUAUAUAUAUAAUAAAAGAUUGGGAUGUGAGAACUUAAAUAUAAAUUUUGAUAUAUUUUCCACUA